CAGAUACCAAUGUUUACGUUGGCCAUAGUACAAUAAGUAUAAAACCAUACAUUUAAGACAUGAAACUUGAGAAUUUUAACAAGAACACAGAAUUUGACUAUCAGGAUUCAAAAUACACAUUAUCUUGCUGACAAAAUGACCUGCCUCCUUGUUUGGCCACCUGAAUUUACGUUGAUGCCACUCUCACCAUUAAUUCUAAUGGAAGCUUCUCUUUGAUAAAAUCCCCAUUGGUCAAAUAAGUACUACCAAUUCUAUUGUAUUGAUCGAGUAAAUAACUCCCACCUAUGUGUUUCUUCCUCUUAACUCAAUACUUGAACAACGUUUCCUGUCAAUACCUCUGCAAAAACACGACCGCUACUCCUUCAGGCCAUGUCUUGGCUUAUCCUACUCCUAACCAUAGCCUUGGUCUGUGGUUCAGCACCUGUGUUUGCUGAUGAUGAUGAGCGAUAUCUGAACUGCAUGAAGUCAUUUGAUUGCGGAGAUAUUAAAGAUGUUGGUUAUCCUUUCUCGGGAUCCGAUAGGCCUGAUUACUGUGGCUAUCCCGGGUUUGAGCUCGGUUGCAGCAACCAAGAUCCGGAGAUCACAAUCAUGCAAUCGACUUACAAACUCCUUGGCAUCAAUAACCAGUCGCGGACUCUCAAUGUUUCUAGAUCAGAUUACACAGAAAAUCUAUGUCCUACUCUCCUUUCCAACACCUCUUUGAAUCCAAAUCUCUUGAGUUCCACUUCAGAUCAUGCUGAGGUAACACUAUACUAUGGUUGCCCUAGUCCAAGCCCACCAGCGUUAUCAUCUCAGUUUACUUGCAACAUUAACGACACUGUUAUGGUGGGAAACUUUAUAACAGUCAACUUCUCUGUCCUUAGCAUUACUGAUCCCAGCUUAAUCAGCUACCUGACAACAUGCAACAAUAGUGUUAAAUUUCCUGCCCAUCAAUCAGCUAUUGUGCCAAUUCUAGUCAGUCCAAAUGUAUCAGAGUUUCUUGAAGCUAUUAAUCAAGGUUUUGAGUUGGAGUGGAGUGCAAAUGAUUCAUUAUGUGAUACAUGCGAAUCUUCUGGUGGUCAGUGUGGGUACAACAAGACCACUACAGCAUUCACUUGUUACUGUGCGGGUCAACCUCAAGAUUUUGAAUGCUCAUCAUCACCACAGGCACCUAGUCAAUCUACAAGUAUGUCCUCUUUUCUUUCUGGAUGCCAUAAUUGGAUAGAUAGAGAUAGCUGA